CCCUAACGUUUCCUCAUAUUCACGAUAUUGCCACUCUUCUCCCAAACCGUAUGGUCGUGAGGUCGACAAGACUUGUUCUCACCGUACUCCGUGUCUCAUCUGAUUAUUGUCUCAAUAAAAUUGCAACUUUCUCCAGAAAAUUUUCACUCAGGUUCUUUCUAGCCCCCUUGAUCUUUCCACAGAUGCCCAAGCAAAAAGCUCAAAAGAAGCAACUCAAAUCCUACAAACUCAAACACAUCAACAGAACCAUUCAAGAGGGAGAUGCGGUGUUGAUGCGGUCAUCGGAGCCUGGGAAACCGUCGUACGUGGCGAGGGUGGAGGCGAUCGAGGCGACGGACGCGCGUGGAUCCAACGCGAGGGUUCGCGUGAGGUGGUACUACCGCCCCGAGGAGUCCAUGGGAGGGAGGAGGCAGUUUCACGGAGCUAAGGAGGUGUUUCUUUCGGAUCACUUUGACUUGCAGAGCGCUGAUACGAUCGAAGGCAAGUGUAAGGUUCACAGUUUCAGUAGCUACACGAAACUCAGCUCCGUGGGAAACGACGACUUCUUCUGUCGUUUUGAGUAUAAUUCUGCAACCGGGGCUUUUAUUCCCGACAGAGUCGCCGUAUUCUGCAAGUGUGAGAUGCCGUACAACCCUGAUGACUUGAUGGUUCAGUGCGAGGAGUGUUCUGAGUGGUUUCACCCUUCUUGUAUAGGAACAACAAUAGAGGCAGCUAAAAAGCUCGAUCACUUCUACUGUGAAGAGUGUUCCCCGGAACAGCAGGAUUUGGACAACUCUAAUUCGACUUCCAAAAACACAGAUGCUAAGGUGAAUACAAAGCGCAGCCUGGAGGUAAGCAAGACGAGGAACAAACACGCCAAGCGAUCAGGUUAACAUAAAACCUCUGAGAGCUAUAUCAGUCCAUCGGACUGAGUUCAGUAUCAUCAUGAUGUAAUCUGUGAAAGAGUUUGUUUUCUUUAGUCUACUUUUUUUCUUUCUUUCUUAAGAAUGUGAGGUUUAGGUUGUUUGGCUUGAUUAGUGACUUGUGUUGUGGCACAAUCUUAUGUAUAGUAUACUAUAUGUUUUCAUUUCA